AUGGACAGACGAAGUGUAGCCCCUCCACAUCCAAAGUCUACUUUUACGACUGGUCGAUCCGCCAUUGACUUGUCGCGCGAGACUCUCUUGACAAUCAUGAGCUUUGCUAAUGAAUGGCAUUUCAAGCCUGAGGGGGUUGACCUUGUCAAGAAGAGAUUUGAAGCGGAGUUGGCAAUAGCAGAACAUACUCAACCUUGGGAUUUCCAAGUCGAGAACCGCUGGAUCCCUGAGUACAGUAUGUGGCAAGUCCGAUGUGCUAAGGUUGAUUGUAAGAGAGUUUGGACGGCUUUCUUUACAGUUAUGAAUGGAGUCAUCAGAGAAGCCAUUCACAGAGCGAACCAGAAGGAUGAGGAUAUUGAGGAAUGUACCAUCGACGAUGAGGACGCUGAUGAAGACUAUGACUUUGGUCAAGACACCCCAUUGGAUAGCAAUCUCAUACAGCGACUCGCUGUGUGGAAGACGCAGUCUGCUGCUCGUGGUCUGAGUCCUGAGUUAGCGGCCACCAGCCAGCUAACUCAGAUUGACGAUCAACUCAUGCCAGUCGUAGACGAAGAUUCUUUCCCAGCAGAGAUUCGAUACUACAAGUUUCGCCAAGCUUGGAAUUGUGUUGACAAGACCAUUAUGUUGAACGACCUGCUACCCGAAGAUGAUCUCAAGGAGCUUGUCCGCUUGACUUCGUGCCAAUUCAGCAAGAAUCUAAAUGAGGGUAUCGUGUUUGUUGGUGCCCAUGAGGAAGCAAAUCUGCAUCUUGCGGUACACAAGCUAAACAACAUUGAGAAGAAUUGGCCAUACAGACAUCCAUGGGUCAAUCACGUUUUCUACACCGAGGAGACGGCCAACACCAAGUAUGCCUUGAAGUAUUUCGUUGAUAUGAAGAUGUUCUACUUUGAAACAACGUUGUUGGAUGAGUUACAAGUUAUAUUCUCAAAUGGAGCGUGUGACUACGAGACGUUGACCAGCGCCAUCACCGUGCGAUGCGCACCCUACGUUCCAGUCAAGUCAACAUAUGUCCAGUUCAAGACGCCGAAGCUACGGAAGAUCGAAGUGGAGGAUAUUCCGGGUGGUAUUAAAGUGUUCUCAACCGCGUACACAUACAAUGGCAAAGGCGAUCUUUCGGAAAAUCCCAUGCUAUAUCGACCUGCUCAAGAUCCUGAGCGCGUCGCAACCCCUGCGGCCCAGACUAACUCCCAGCAACUUCAAAAUGCUUUGGCUCCUCAUCUGCGUAGCGGACCACAUAAGAACCCGAAGGAUGAAUCUGUGCAGAAAUGGGCAACAGAGAUACCUGAUCCGAUCAGCUUGGGAGUCGCUUUAGCCCCAGAGGGUUUGCCUGAUGGCCUCCGCAUCCAAGCAAAUGGCAUUUCUGGUGGUCAAGCCAAGUCUCAUAAGCCAACUUGGGAUAGAUAUGAAGAGUACAGUCCGGAAAAGACUGCCGAUAUUGUAGAAAAGGAGCUUUCAUGGAAGGCAAAGGUAGGUCCCAUCGGUGUUAUACGCAGGACUUCAGGCUCAACUGGGCCCGGCGUCCUUAACCCGUAUUCCAAUAUCACAAACAAAAACGGAGUUACUCGUCAUCCAACCUCGGAAGUGCCGCGGUCUGCUUCAAUGCCACAGGUAACAAGCUCAAGCGAUGGUCUCAUGAUACCACUCACACCAAUAAUUCUCCACCAGCAGCCACUGCAGUCAAUUGCUGAACCUCGACCGCAAGCACGCCAACCUGAUUUCCUCAAGCAGGUAUCUCGAAGCCACACUAGGUCGGCAUCUCAAACCGAUACUGUUCCGCCGCAAGAACUUUCGAGUAAUAGGCGUUUGUUUUCGGAAACGAUUGCGAGACACAACAACGUUCAACUUUCCCUUCUUGAUGAGGAUGACCCUGUUCUUGAGUCGCUCGAAUACAAAAUCCUAGACCCCAUUUUCAAACGCCCCGGCUUUCAGAUGCAGACUGAGAAGGAACAAUCUGAACACGAGCCCGAUAAUAGGGUUUUCCAUCAAACCAUGAAGCAGCGAGCACCUAAACCAAACCCCCAUCAUUUUGCCAGUAGACAUGAACGGCCAUUCUCACCACCAAUGUCAGCAGCAUCUUCUCAGCCCGGAAAAUCAUUAACAGAUCCUCUAUGUGACCUUGUCGAAGAAAUGAAUCAAAGUUUUAGGGAGCUAUUGGCUGGACUUCGCGGAUACCGAGGAAAGGUUGUCGUUCAAGCCGAAUUCGGUCGCAUCAUCUUAGGACGCCUUCAUCCAAAGUGGAUCACCCAGGGUAGUGAUCAUCACCUUCUUGAUGGUGUCUUUCUUCACAAGAUGCUUAUUCAGCCCACCGAGUACGGUCCUACUGCAGAUUUUACGAGUGUUCUGACCACCAUACCUGCCGAGAUCCAGUACAUGGUCAAUAUGAAGGGCAGAGGUGAACAGAAUCUGUGGCAGGCAGACAUAGUUUCGGGAUGGAGUACCACUUACGAAUUCGUGUUCACUGACCCUCGAGACCCGCUGUACCCUGUCAUGAUUGAGAUCGAUGCAGAGACCUUCGUUGCUCAGAUUAAGGCACGAUGCCGUCUGGGAAAUCUCUUCAUUCAUGGAACCAAGAGACAUUGGGACUUAAAGGUUGCCGCCAUCGGAUAUGGUAAUAGUCAAAUCUUGGAAAACAAGUACGGCGAGCUUGCCACGGCUAUCCAAGCCACUUUGUUCAUUCCAUCAAACUCACACAGACCAUAUUUAUCUUGGAAGCUCGACAAUUCUCUUCAGAAGAAAUUCCUCAUCCAAGAUGUCACCGUUCGUCGGGUUUACGAAUACAAGAGCACUAUUCAAGAUUCCACUCUCAAGGUAUCGGAGCUUCAGUCUCUAGAUAUCAAUGGUGGUCCGACGGAGAAAUCAUACUGGGUUUUUGAGGCAUUGCCGAGCAAUCCUGAUCAGCCUCCUAUUGAAAAGCUAACUACAUGGUACGAGGCGUCCAUUACGUCAGUAAAGCUUGAUGACGUUCUCAAACAGAAUGAGUCUCUGGACUUGGGCGAUGAAACAGCCUGGACUUUGGAAGACACCGCCAACAUGGAAGUUAGUAAGGCGAUAUACUCCCCAGCCCUCGAGAUGCUCAAGCAGAUGGAUUGCGUAGGCCAGAAUGGUCACAACGGCUCGGACUACAGAUCUCGUAAGCCAUCCAAGCAUGUAAUGCAGGCUCAGGCAAAGGAACCAGUAGUCUGGUGGUAAAUCUUCGUCUACGAUUCUCCACGCGCUCGUUGUAAGGGUCACGAUCUUGCUGUUCUGGCAUGAUCUCUUUGACGUCAAUUCGAGACUGCCUUGAAACUUAUUGGGAUGGCUUUUUCGGCACAUUCGAUCGUGUUGACUAUCUCUGUCUGUACCUGCGAGCUCCCGAGCAAACUUCAGAACCUCAAGCUUUUCAAAUUGUCAACGUGUCUCCAUUUCCUGAAUUCCAGAGAUCUAUAACUCUCGGCUUCACAUAACGCAAGUCCUCGACAUGCUUUCAAAAUCUGCGCGAACAUGUAGUUUGUACUUCACAACUACACAACCGUUUAGAUGGAAAAUCUAUUGUCAGCAACGCUUCCAGUUGCAAAAAGCUCGAUAGAGGUGCAAUUCGGGAUUCUCAGUUUGCGAGUUCGUCUCGAACAUCUUUGCUCAUUUGGCCCAUAUCGUCUCCUGAACGACUCUUACCUCAGAAAAUAAAGAAGUCAACUUGGCAGAACGUUCUCAGGGCAUUUGAUCCUCGUAAAAUGAUAUGACUCACGCCAGGCGCUGGUACAGUAAGAGUGACGCACUCCGCGUUGAAGUUCCACACCCAUCGGCCUCGAGUUCUCAUAUCCCGCGAUAAAUUAUCAUCUUGGAUGGGCUCAAGCAGCCCAGCUUCGGCGGCCACUGCAUCAUCUUGGUGAUCGAUAUAUUGGGCUACUCACUGCGACAUGUGAAAUCGGAAAAUGAGAGUUUUACUCACCCUCCAGGCUAGGUCUCCUGGUCGUUUGCCGUGCUAGGGGUUUCUGAGCAUGGAGCUGACAUGGGCCAUGAAUUUCCAGCGUAUUCGCUUUUCUUCAUCUCUUUUGCGAGUAUAGAAGCAAUCAAAUACUCCUCAUUUCUCAACUCAAGUCUGGUUUCUUGGUUUUAUUUGCCCUUUCUUCUGGAUUUCCUGGCUCUCGUGCAAUUCGUGACUCUCAUUACUUUCUACACAAUAGAUCUGGUAGGGUCUUCAUACGAUGUGAUGGCAACGAAGAAUUCAGAUUUAGAUGUGGAUUUUAUCAUCAUGGGAGCAGAAUUGAGUAACGUAUCUGCCGCAGAUGCCUUCUUCGAAGCCAAAAUAGCAUUGGCGGAAAGACUUACAGCGUUUCGAAUGGUCAUAGGGGAUUCAAUGAUUUUUGGAGCUGUCUGGAUCAACGAUAUAAGUCAAGGUGGGUGAUUACUCAGAAAUAUGGAUUCGAGACUAUGGUGCAGCCUGAUGUGGGUUUGAAAUGUGUGUAAGAUAGUGAUGGGAGGGUGGUCACACAACCAUAUGGUGUCAGCGCUGUGGGUUUUCCUUCCGAGUAUGGCAAAUAUAGAUCUCUGAUACCGAAUUAUGGUGCCGCGGAGGAAGAGACGGAAGUCGAAGCACUGAUGAACAGCUAUUAGUUCCGUUAGGAGAGUUGUAAGGGA